AUGGAAAGACAUAAUAAUGAAUUGGCAUCAUUCCUUGAGAAUGCUAACAGUCAAACUCUAGGAAAAGCACAAACCAUUGAAGAGUUAAUAGCUGGUGGGGACUCUGAUACAACUGAGAGCCUAUCAGUUAAAAGUGAUCCAGACAUGGAUGAGCCUGUUGAUUUAGGUACUGAAGAACAAAAAGACAUCUUGGAAUCAAAUAAUGCUGAUGGAACUGAAGCACCUCUCUCACUUGAAUCACACUACAGGGUCAAAGUCCCUGAGAAAGAAGACAUUCAGUUCAGCCAAGCUGUCGCAAAUAAACCUGCAGCUCAAAUAGAAGAGGACUCUGAUCCCAGGAUUAGGCAAUCAAGAGUGAAAACCACUUAUUCAAAAUCUUUAAAGAGACGGAACUUAUCAAGUACUGUCCGAAAAAAACUGAGGGAAAACAAACUUGAUGAUGAGGAUGAUGAUGAUACUGUUGAGCAUAUAGAUGCAACUGUGACCAAUUGCGCUCCUGAAGUGAAAGAAAAAGUUGACAAUUGGUUGAAUACAAGUGCAAAUGAGGAACUUUUGGAUGGAAACCAAAACAAUACAGAACUUCCUGGUGAAGUUGAAGGUGCACAAAAGAAUAGAUUUUUCAAAUCUAAAAAUCAAGUUGGAUCAAAAAUCAGUCCAUCUUCAUUAAGUAUUUUAUCAAGGAGAGAUGAGAACAUUAGUGAGCUAUCAGAAGAGCCUGAGAGAUCCCAUGUAUUUAGUGCUAGCACAAUUGAGUACUCAUUUGAUCAGAAUAAUACAAAAUCAUCAAAGAGCAACAAAAAGGCUAAAUUUGGUGAUACUAAGAUCACAAAAGCUAGAAGACAGAAUGAGGUGCCUGAGGUUACAACAUGCAAGGUGGUACCAAAGAGCAAAUCUGCACCCACUGUUGAGGCAGAAAUUGACCCAUAUACUUUUCAGUUUAGCCAAAGAACUCCUAAAGCUAAAAGUAAAAAGGUGAGAAAGUCCAAGAGAAAUACAGCCAAGGGGAAAGCUGCAGUUGUUCAAUCAGUUGUUAUGCCCAAACUUGAUGAGUCAUCAAAAGUUUUAGUUGGAGACAAAAACAUUACUAGCUUAGAAACUGUGGAUGAAGAAAUGACUGAACCCUGUAACAUAAUAGAGGACACUCCUGAUGUCACGCCAAACUUAAAAUCUAAACUCUUUAAUGUUCCAGACCUCAAAUCAAGCAAAAGCACUUCUGAAACAAUUUCCAAACCAAAUGAAACUAAUCUGUCAAACCCUAAAAAUAAUUCCCAUCAUCAAUACGAAAAUACUGUCAAGCAGAAACCAAAAAGCUCUCGAAAGAAAUUGCCUAAAAAGUCUAGUCCAGCUCCCUCAGUUCCUGAUACUAUGGAAAAAGAUAAUCUUAUCGCUAAGAUUUCUGAGGCAGAGGAAUUUGACCUUGAGAUGCUGAGUCAAGGCAAAGAAUACUUGGGUAAAGGCAUGUCAGAACUUCAGGAUGAUAUUGAAGUUGAACCAGACAAUGUGGACAUAACAGUUGUAGCUGAAACCCCUUAUAUUCCAUCUAAACUAGAUCAAUUGAAAUUCCAGGCCAAAAAGAAUAACAACCAAUUUAAUAAUCAGUUGGUGAACAAAUUAGAGACCUCUGAAAAGCUUGACCAGAUAGUUGAUGUAAUCAAAAACCUGACAAAUGAAAUCAAGAUUCAGAAAUGUAAUCCUAAAAUUGCAGAGUCUCUUCAGACUAGCCUCCUUGAUGUUGUUGAUGCUAUGAAAAUAGACAUAGCAGCUUCUGUAGUAGCCACAACAAAGGUGACCAACCUUGGGGAAAGCAAUCAUAGUAUAACUAGAAAUGAAGCUCAGGAAUGGUUCAGUUUGAAACAAAUGAAGAAAGAUUUUUGUAAAAAGGCUAAAACCAAGACUUUAGUGUAUGCAAAUACAAAACCUCAUAAUGCAAGGCCUGAUGCUCCAAAACCCACAAUAAGCAAAGUUAUUCCUUCCAAGAGAGAUAUCCAUGUAGAUACCCCUGAGAGUAACACAAUGGAAGUUGACAUUGAAGAAAAUAGCAGUGAAAAAUACCUCUCAAAUGGUGUGCCAAAACCCAGUGUGACUGUUGUCCAUAGAGAGGAUGAAGACUCAGACCAAUCCAUUGACUUAGCUGUUAGUCAAAUACAAGCGCUAAACAAUUGUAAUGCUGCGUACAGUGCUUCUGAGGAUGACAGUGAUAAUGACAAUGAUACAGCUUGGAAUGACUCAGAUCAUGCUGAAAAUGAUGGUGUGCAAGGAACAAAUGUUGUCAAAGGAGAAUGUGAUAUCAUGGAUGAUAAGGAAGUUAGGGGAGAGAAUGAUUUUACACGAGAAAUUGAUGCAGGAGGAGAUGAUAAUGAAAUCAUAAGACAAGAUGGUGCACUAGGAGCUAAAUCUCCACCUAGUGUUGUUCCUGAACAAAAGACAGUUAUACCAAAAGUUAAUGACUGUGAAUUGAAUAUAUCCACUAUUGAGACUCCAAAAAUUAAAAAAUCAAAUAGGAAAACCUUCUGUCUUGGAGGUAGCCCAAUUAAAAGGGCACCAAAAUUUGAUUCCCAGACCUUAGAUAUUGAUGACCAAAUUGUCAUGGAUCAAAUUACUGUUAAUGUGCAAAAUGAAAAUAAUGGUGCUAUGAUAGAAACCACAGAGACAACCCAGUCUCAGCCUUAUAAAGACAGACAGGUUAAUGAUCAUUUAAUCAUAGAAGACACAGAAACAUCUCAAGGUAAAAGUUCAAAAUUGUUUAAAUCCAAAAAGUUGAAUGUUCAAACAACCAAACAGGCAACUAGCACAUUGCCAGGAAUGCUUUCAUCCCCUACACCAUCUUCCCUUGAAGAGGAAUCCCAGGCAAGUGUGUCUCUUCUGCAGAAGCCAGCUCCAAUAAAAUCCAGUGAUGUUAUAAUAGAGGGAACAAAUCAGGACAAACAAAACAUCAAAGACAGUCAGAAUAUAGAGAACAUGGAUGAGCAAAAUGAACUUAAAGCAGACCAACCAAAAUGUGCCAUUCAAAAAUGGAAGGAAGUUGAAAUAACAACUCUCUUUGAUGAUGACAGUACACAACCUUCAUGUGAAUCUAAUAUGGAGAAUGAUGAUCUUUCAUCGGCGGAAAGAGAUAAUGAUAUCCAUAAAGCACCUGUAUCCGUUAAAACCCCAACACAUCCAAACUCUCACGCCAUUUCAAAACGUUCUGCAACACAGAAUUCUUCUGAACUGAGAAACAUUUCCCACAAUGAAACUACUGGUCAAGAUGAUGACAUUACUCAUGAUGAUGAUGUUAUUUAUAGUGAUGAUGCUAAUAAGGAUGAUGAGGCAGAGAGUGAUGAUGAUGAAAUGAACAAAGUGCUUAAACAAAUUAACAAACAAAGGAAAGAAGCAAGACAAUCUCUAAAUCACCAUAACAAGAAAAGAGUUGAUAGGUCUUUCAAAAGAGUAAAAAAAUUAAACAGUUCCAGUGAAGAUGAAAGCUCCAUUGAUAAAGUAGCAAAUGAAAUCACAAAGAAUAAAGAAAAGGGAUUUUCGAAAAGAACAGAAAGAGAUGAAACUGACAGAUCAUCUGAUGAAAAUAUUCAAGACAAGAGUAUCAAAGCUAAAAUUCUACCAAAUAGACCUCCCAUAGGAAGAAGUUCUGAUGGUGUAAAAUCCAGGAAAAGAACACCAGAUAAACCUACAAAGGAAAUGGAUGCCUCUGAUAGUAGCUCAGAUGAAGAUACUCCUAGGCUUACCAAACGUAAAGCGAAGACAACAAGAGGAUUAGCAGCUAGAAGGAGGAAGAGAAAGAUUGUGUCAUCUGAUUCCAGUCAAAUGCCUCUCUCAACCCAAGAAUAUGACACAAACAAAUCAAUUCAGGACUCUACUAUCAACAAAUCUCACGAUGAAAGUAAUGAUAAUGAACCUAAGUUAUCUCAAGAAAACAUCAUUAAGUCACAAAGUGAAAAACAUGAAGAGAGCAAACCAGAGAAAAUCAAUGAUAAAUUAGCAGCUAUUGAAAGUAUUUGUAAAGAAGUGUUGGAGAAUUCUCAGGACAGUGAUACAGAUGCAACUUGUGAUAAGAUUGAUGAUGAUACUAAUGUUGUCCCCCCUACACCUCCUUGUGAAAUACCUACAAAUAUAUCUCAUGAUAUGGACAAGUUCAAAAAGCCAAAAACACCUGAAAAAUCUUCUGAAGUAUCAGAUGUGGAUGAAGAAAGUGUAGCCUCUGCUUUGUCACAGGAACUUCUUAAAUCACCCUUUCUGAUGAAAUCAAGUAAUAUUACCAGAUCUGGUGGUCCCAAUGAAUAUCCUAAAACAACUGAUAAUGCUGAAAAUGCUAAUGUUCCAUUGGACUCUGAGAAUCCAUUCCCAACUGAUACCAAACUCAACCCUAAGGCAGUGAAAGUCAAGCUUGAAAAGCAGCAAGACAAGGAUCCUAAUGUGAUAUUUGCCAUUCCCACUACUCCUAACCAUCCAAUUGAGGUGGAAGACAGAGAUGUGGACUCUACACAAGAAAGAAGGAAGGUCCAAGAAAACAUUGCCAAGAUGGUUAAAGAAUGUACACCAAAAGCUAAAGUGAAACCCUCAGAGACCUCAGCAAGCUCCAGAAGGUUACCUAGUAAGAAGAGACGAGGUAAAACGGAUGGUGAUGCAACUACAAAUGCUGUAAAACAAGUGAAAGACAAGAUAGCUGAGGAUCUGUUUGGAGGUGAUGAAGAAAUCACGAGAAAAUCCAGCAAAACAAAUGGCCAUGGGUUCUCUGAGGAGAGUGAGUAUCAUGAUGCCUUAGACGAGAUGGAUGACCUCCUACCUGUCAAUAACACUCCUAGGACCAUCAACAUAAGUGAUGACUCAGACGAGGACAUGUUCAGUAGCCCCUUGGCAUCCUCCCCUGUCACCCCCUCACUCAUUUCAGUUACCCCCUCACCUAUAGAGCCCUCACCCAUGGAGCCCUCACCCAUCCAAACCACUCUUUCCCAAUACCAAACCACAAAUCAGAGAUCCCAAAAAUGCAAAAUAGAAGUUAACUCCAGAAAAUUGAAUGAGGGUGUUGAUGAUAACAAUAAAGUUGAUGAUAAUAAUGAUGACAAUGUGGAUGUAAAUGACAUUGAUGAUGACCAGGAUGAAAUCACUAACCCACAAGGAACUAUAGACAUAUCUGCAUCUUUGGAUUCUAAACCAAGCAACAAAAAGAACAAACCAAACAGUGAACAUACCAUUGAUAUCACUGAGACUGUUGGUGAAACUGAAGACAAGACAAGUGAUGAGAGUGCUGAAAAGUUAGAAACACUGCAGGAUAUGUUCAAUAGUCCCAUGGAGCUUGAGAAUUGCAUCAGUCAACAUAAAGAUGAUGCCUCUAAACCCGGAUUGAACAAGAAAUCAAGUCAAAAAAUGCAGAAUUCUACCAGGGAGAACAAUCCACCAUAUAGCUUGGAUAAUGAACCUGAUAUUAUUCCUGAGAGUGAAGACUUUAUUAGGGGUACCCCUAGUCAAGCUAAAAAAACACCUUGUCUCUAUCCUAAUAAAACUACCCCUCGCCCCCUUGAAUCAGUGAGUCACCUCAAUACACCCAAAGCUGCCACCAAAGCUAUGACCCCUGAGCAGCGUAGUGCACACCUCAGGAAGGCAUUUCAGGCUAAAUAUGAGAAGCAAAAGGCAUCCGCAGAGGCUGUGCUGUCUCCUUUAAAUGACAACCAGAAUGUUACACCUAAUAGGGCUAGGUAUAUUGCACAUAACCAGAGUGUAGCUAAAGUUUUACACAAAGCUGAGUCAACUGAAUCUGAGAUGAAAUCAACCAAUGUUAAGCUGUUAAAAACUGCUCCCACUUCAUCUGUGAAAAACACAACUGAGUCGGAGAAAACUAAUCUCUCCAAAGUUGAAAGUACAUUCAACCCAGAUGGUGCUACUGUUAAGGCUAGAAGUGAUAAUGAGACAGAGGGAGUUGAGAAGGCCACCACCACAGGCUCUGCUGAUUACAGUAAAGUUCUGAGGAAUAAAUGGAAUGUCCCAGUUCCAUCUAAAUGGAUCUUUGUGACAACAGGCCUGUCCAAACAGGAAAUGAUGCAUGUGCAGAAGCUGUGUAAAUUAUUAAAGUGUCGCUGGAAGCCACGAUUUGAUAAAACGACCACGCAUGUCAUUGUCAAGACAGUGAGCCCCGAGUCGCUUGAAUGUGAAAGGACGUUGAAAUAUUUCCAAGGCAUUGCUAACCAGUGUUGGGUGAUGUCUUAUACCUGGAUUUUAGACUGUUUAAAGAACAGCCGUGUGUUGACACUGGAGAACUAUGAAAUAGUUGGUGAUGUGGUAGGAGGGAGUGAUCAUUCUGGGCCUUGUAGAUCGAGACUCGCUGAAAUUCCACUUCUGAAUAACUAUGAAAUAUGUUGCUAUGGAGACUACACAGGACUUACAAAAGAUGACUUAAAAGAUAUGCUAGCAGCAUGUGGAGCUACUACAGUGGAUGACCCAGAUGAUUUUGUCGUGGAGGCUGGCUGUACUCAAGUUAUUUUAGCUGAGACGGCUAAUCCUACCAGAGUGGAGCCACUUUAUAAUAGUUUAUACAGAAAGUAUGGAAUAUUAGUUAUAUCCCGUGAAUGGAUUCUGGACAGUGUGGGUAGCUUUAAGGUAUUGCCUUAUGAUGACUACUUACUGUGCAAUGUACAGGUGUAGAAAUAAAGACACAAACACAGGCUUAGCUUUACAAGCUGAUGAAUUAAUGUACAAGCUAAUGGAUCAAUGCAAGUACCCAUGU